UUGGUUUUUAAUGUUUUGAACAUUAAUUUUUACUUUUUUAGUAUUGCAAGUCUAUUCAGUAUCACAGAAUAACGAUUAACAAUCAACAAAACAAUAUUAAAUUAAUUAGCAUUUACUUACUAUAAAUUAUUAUAAGAGUAGUUGUGAUAAGAUUUGUAAAUUUUUAUUAUUUAAAUAUAAAAAUUAUAGUUACUAAGCACUAUUAGUAAUAGAUAGUUGAUAGUAAUAUAGUAUUAUUUUCUCCGAAACUGACGCGAUCAAGAAUGCCAUGAACUUGGUUUGCCCACUUCUGAUCAUUGUCCUACUGACAUUCUGCGUGCAUUCUGCACAGCCAUCUACAGGGCUCGGGAAAACGGCAAUCUACGAAACAGAAUGUAAACAUCUGCGAAUGGGCCAAUUCAUGUGCCCCGAUGACGGGUAUGAAUUCAUCGACCCGGAAACACAACAGUUGCGUGGAUGUACUAAAGACAAUGUUGCUCAAGUUCGGUGUAAAGCAAGUGACGGUAUUGUCUGUUUAGAAACUAAAAACUCGACAUUUUGGAAAGAAUUCCCAUGUAAAUGGACCAAUGGUUACCAUUAUGACACAACACUGUUAUUGUCCAUUUUUUUGGGCAUGUUUGGCGUGGACCGUUUCUAUUUAGGUUAUCCAGCAAUUGGUUUAUUGAAAUUAUGCACACUAGGGUUUAUGUUCAUUGGCCAGUUGGUCGAUGUAGUACUUAUUGCAACACAAAUUGUUCGUCCUGCUGAUGGAUCACAUUAUAUCAUUCCUUAUUAUGGUCCUGGCAUUAACUUUAUACUCAUGGACAACGAAACUUACAGACAACCACAAGAUGAUUGGUUUGUUGAUCAUAAUGAACUUUAAAGUGUUAUAAAAAAUAAGAUAAAAACUACUAUAUCCAGAUUAAGUUUUAUUACUAUAAUUACCAAUAAAGUUAUAAGAUGUAUUAAUUAUUUUGUUUAAUAAAUCAUGUUUGCUACCUA